AUGAGGCGAGGCAUCUCCGGGAGGACCAUCUCGGCUCUCUCCAUUCCAUCAUCCCAUCCCCCUCCAAAUCCCACCAUUAUUACCACCUACCCGUACCUCUCCCUCCUCGAGACAUCCUCCACCGUAAAAGAAGUGAAGCAACUGCACGCCCAUGCCAUCGCCUUGGACCUCGUCCGCUAUACCUAUGUCACCAGCCGAAUCCUCGCCCUCUACGCCUUCCACCCCAACCCCGACAUCCACUCCGCCCGCCUGGUCUUCGACCGGAUCCCCGAGCCCACCAUCUUCAACUGGAACACCAUGAUCAAGGCCCACUCCAGAACCCCCCACCCCGAGAAGGGUCUCCUUUUUUACUCCCACAUGAGACGCCGAGGGCUCCCUCCCAACAUGCACACCUUCCCCUUCGCCAUCAAGGCUUGCGCCCGCCUCUCGUCUCUGUCCCAAAUCCACGGGCAGAUUGUCAAAUUCGGGUUCUAUCUCGACGUCUUUGUGACGAGCUCUCUGAUCAGGUAUUACUCUCAUCUGGGUCGCCUGGAGUUCGCUUCUCAGGUGUUCGACGAAAGCUCUAACAGAAACUUAGUGUGCUGGACCAGUCUUAUUAGUGCGCAUUGUGCUCGUGGUCUGGUGGAUAGAGCGAGGGAAAUCUUUGAGCGGAUGUCCGAGAGGAAUGAGGUUUCUUGGAGUGCAAUAAUAACGGGUUAUGUGCAGAACGAUCGCCCCGAAGAGGCGAUCGAAUUGUUUCGCGAAUUGAAGCGUCAUGGGAGCGUAAAGCUCAACGACUCGUUGCUUGUCAGUGUUCUGAAUGCGUGUGCUGGUUUGGGUGCUGUGGAGGAGGGAAGAUGGAUCCAUGACUACAUCGACAGGAGAGGGACACAUUAUGGGGUCGAGCUAGGGACCGCCCUCCUAGAUUUCUAUUCAAAAUGUGGCUUCAUAGAGAGUGCGAGGGAGGUGUUCUGCAAGAUGGCUUGCAAGGACGUGACGGCUUGGAGUGCAAUGGUCAUGGGUCAGGCUCUAAAUGGGCUUACCCAUUCAGCCAUCGAGACUUUCUCUGAGAUGUUAGGGUGCAAGGUUAUGCCGAAUGCCGUCACCUUUGUUGGGGUUCUGACCGCCUGCAAUCAUGGAGGUUUGGUAGAUGAAGGGUGGGCUUAUUUGGAGGACAUGAGCAGGGUUUAUGGUCUGUCUCCAACGAUCGAGCAUUACGGAUGCGUAGUCGAUCUCUUAAGCCGUGCCGGGAGGACGGCUGAGGCCGAAAGGUUGAUCCGGUGCAUGCCUAUGGAACCCGACGGCGCCAUAUGGGGGGCUCUGCUCCAUGGGUGUCUGAUGCAUGGAAACGCUGAGCUAGGAGAGAGAGUUGGCAGGCGUGUGAUCGAGUUGGAGCCCCACCAUUGUGGGAGGUAUGUGGGUCUGGCCAAUGUAUAUGCCGCGAUGGGGAGGUGGGAGGGCGCCGUGAAGGUAAGACGGGCGAUGAGGGACAGGGGAGUGGCACCUGCUCCAGGUUGGAGUCUGAUUGAGAUAAAUGGAGUCGGCCACAGGUUUCUAGCUGAUGACAAAGGCCAUCCCCGACAAGAAGAGAUUUACAGGAUGUUGGGUGAUCUCAGUAUGGAAUUGGUAUCCUGA